GUACUGCACACGUUAUUACCGUAUAAAUAUUGACAAGUUGUGGGUGUUUUCUUUUUAUAAAUUAAUCAGAGCAUUCUGGACGUUAUUCGUCUUAAAAUGCUGCUAACAAAGGACAACUACAGCUUUAUUGUGAAAUGCAACUCUCACUUUCGAGGCCUUGACACCGGGCUGCUUCAUAAUGUCAAACGGAAUAGUAUUUAUUUUUGACUUAGUGCUGUUAAUGCCAUUUAUUUUUAUUUGAACCAAAUAGUGGGCUCUUGGAAUUGAUUGUGACGAGCAUCGAGGCGAACACCAUGUGGGUCUUCGGCUACGGCUCCCUCAUUUGGAAGGUAGAUUUCCCUUAUGAGGAGAAAAGAAUAGGUUACAUUAAAGGCUUCAGCCGUCGCUUCUGGCAGGGGAGCACCGACCACCGGGGAGUACCGGGGAAACCUGGCCGAGUCGUGACUCUGGUUGAGGAUCCUGAGGGCUGCGUUUGGGGCGUGGCCUACAAGCUCCCCACGGGCCGCGAGCAGGAAGUAAAGCGCUACCUCGACCACCGGGAAAAGGGCGGCUACCGGGUCAUGCCCGUGACCUUUCACCCCAGACGGGACGACGGCCGCACCCCCGCCCAGACGCUCCUCUACAUCGGCUCGCGGGACAACCCCGACUACCUGGGCCCCGCCCCCCUGGAGGAGAUCGCCGACCAGAUCGUGGGCUCCACGGGGCCGAGCGGGCAGAACACAGAGUACCUGUUGCAGCUGGCCCACGCCGUCAGGAGCAUCCUGCCCGAGGACAAAGACGUGCAUCUGUUCUCGCUGGAGACGCUGGUGCGGCAGAAAGUGGAGGGGGAAUAACAACUCCCGAGGUGACAAUUGAUCUCAGGGUUUUUCAUCUCUCUCUACUCCACAAUAUGUAAAUAAACACAUGCGACAGUACCUUCAGCUUCCUCGUGCGACACAACACAAACACACACUGGAAGCGAGGAGGACCAUGCAGGAGACAACAAGUGCUGCGUCUUCGCCAACGUUGAAUAAGAAACCCCUGGAAAAUGAAAAAGGGGACAGUUGGUUCAAAGUUUGUAUUCACACUUUUUCCACAUUUUCUUAUGUUGCAGCCUUAUUCCAAAUUGGAAUACAUUU